CCCCCUUCAGUGAGGCCCUGUGUGGGUCAGACAGGAACAAUAUGGCGCCGGGAGGAGUGUUAGCCUCUGGACCAGUCGUUGUCUGAAAGACUGGCGAUCCGGCAGGAUGAACCUCUGCGCCCAAUAUCUACGACAGGCAGAGGCCCUGAAGGCGGACAUGACAGAUUCGAAGCUAGGGGCGGCAGAGGUGUGGACGUCUCGGCAGGCCCUGCAGGACCUUUACCAGAAGAUGCUGGUGACAGACCUGGAGUACGCUCUGGACAAGAAGGUGGAGCAAGACCUGUGGAACCAUGCUUUUAAGAACCAGAUCACCACGCUGCAGAGUCAGGCCAAGAACCGAGCCAACCCCAACCGCAGCGAGGUCCAGGCCAACCUGUCGCUGUUUCUGGAGGCUGCCAGCGGCUUCUACACGCAGUUACUGCAGGAGCUGUGCACUGUGUUCAACGUGGACCUGCCGUGUCGCGUCAAGUCCUCCCAGCUCGGCAUCAUCAGCAAUAAGCAGAGCAGCACCAGCGCCAUCGUCACCCCGCAGCCCAGCUCCUGCUCCUACAUCUGCCAGCACUGCCUCGUCCAUCUCGGAGACAUAGCACGUUAUCGUAACCAGACCAGCCAGGCAGAGUCUUACUACCGACACGCAGCUCAGCUGGUUCCGUCAAACGGUCAACCCUACAACCAACUGGCCAUCUUAGCCUCCUCUAAAGGAGACCACCUCACCACCAUCUUCUACUACUGCCGCAGCAUCGCAGUCAAGUUCCCCUUCCCAGCAGCCUCCACCAACCUGCAGAAGGCUCUGUCCAAGGCUCUGGAGAGUCGUGAUGAGGUGAAAACCAAGUGGAGCGUGUCCGAUUUCAUCAAGGCCUUCAUCAAGUUUCAUGGUCACGUUUACCUGAGUAAGAGUCUGGACAAGCUGGAUGCUCUGAGGGAGAAACUGGAGGAGCAGUUUCAGAGGCUGAUUCUGCAGAAAGCCUUCAGCUCUCAGCAGCUGGUCCACAUCACUGUCAUCAACCUGUUCGAGCUCCACCACCUCCGAGACCUGACAGCCGACGGCAGCGAGCAGAGCUACAGCAGCGAGCAGCAGAUCAGCUGGUUCCAGCUGCUCGGCCUCUUCAUGUCCUUCCUCGGUGUGAUGUGCAGCCGUGUUCUCCUCAACAAGAACCGGGGCGAGGAGAUCAUGGGGGAGUGUCCUCUGCCGGCCAUCAAAGUGUCUCUGGACUGGCUCAAACUGAGGCCCAGCGUCUUCCAUGAGGCCGCCGUCGACAAGAGGCAGUACAUCUGGCCCUGGCUGGUGUCCAUCCUGAACAGUUUCCAGCCCAAGGAGGACGACGUGUCCUGUUCCUCAGUGAUGCCCCUGCCGGAGGAGUUUGAGCUCCAGGGUUUCUUGGCUCUCCGGCCUGCUCUGAGGUGUCUGGACUUCACCAAAGGACAUCAGGGUAUCCUGGUGGACAGGGACGGCCUGCCGGUGCACACCCGACACCAGAGACUCAUCAGUCUGGGAAAAUGGGUGGCCGACAACCAGCCGGGGCUGAUCCAGUGCAGAGUGAGUGAGGACGGCCUCCUCGUCUUCAUCACUGACAUUCCAGAGCAGGCCAUCGAGGAGCCGCAGGAGAAGGAGGCGCCGGUGCUGCAGGAGUCGUCCAAUGGCGAGCAGAUGCCCAACGAUGGCGGAAACUCCGGCCUGAAAUCGGUGCUGUCUGCGGGGAAGACGCAGAGCUCAUGGCCCGACAGCUGCGACCGGCCCGUCGUCACCUUCAAGGAGAACAUCAAACCCAGAGAGCAGAGCCGCGAGCCGACACGAAACCAUCACCAGAAAGACGGCGGCAAAGAGCGCCGAGAUUUCUGCAAAGGCAACGGCGCUGCUGGGAAAGGAGAGCUGAAGAGGGACGGCAAGAGGAAGAGCGAGCUGAAGAAAACCGGCCACGAGAAGGUUGCUGACGCCGGAAAACAGGUGAAGGCGCAGACGGAGCUGAGGAAGACUCCGGUGUCUGAGGCGAAGAAGACUCCUGUCACUCAAACUCAAACUACCUGCUCCUCCCAGUUCAUCCCCAUCCACCACCCUGGAGCCUUCCCACCACUGCCCAGCAGGCCCGGUUUCCCUCCAUCAGCCUAUGUGAUCCCUCCCCCGGUGGCGUUCCCGGGAAUCCAGGUGAAUCCCGGCUUCACCUUCUCCACCGGAGUGUCCGUCCCUGGACCCUUCCUCCAGCCGGCCGUCCACACCCAGGCGGGCACCCAGGUUCAGGCGGGGAAGCAGUCCCACAUUCCCUACAGCCAGCAGCGGCCGUCGGGGCCGGGGCCGGGUCAGGGGCCCGGGUCCUCGGGUCAGGGCCCAGGGCCGAUGAACCAGGGCCCCUCCCAGGCUCAGCAGCCUCAGGCCCAACCGCCGUCCCAGCAGGCCUUGCAGCAGUCGGUGCAGCUGCAGGUUCAAGCGAUGAGUCAGCAGCAGCAGUCGCCGACCAAACCGGUGCAGCAGGUCGGGAUGGGGAAGAGUCCACCUCACCACCCAGGACUGCAGCAGUACAUGCAGGUCCAGGACCAGCCGGCUCAGAUGUGGAACCAGGCCCAGGCUGCCCUGCAGAAGAUUCCUACCCUGCAGAUGUCCAUGAAGCAGCCUCAGCAGCAGCAGCAGCAGCAGGCCUUCUACAUGGCGGCUCAGGAUCCUCUGAAGCUGUACGAGCACCAGCUGCAGUCGCCUGCUCAGCCUCAGCUCUCCAACAUGGACAAGAAGCUCAAGUACCCCGAUGUGAAGAUGCAGGACUUCUACUGGGAGCCGUCGUACAGGAUGGGCGACGGCCUGGCUGUGAUGGCUGACAGGAUGAAGAGGCCUCUGCCGGGUGGUAUGUGUUCAGAGCAGGACGGCCCCGCCGGGCCCCGAGGACCCCCGUUUGAGGACAACAAGAGCUCGCCUCUUCUACCUCCUGACCUGUUAAAAACUCUAGCAGAUUUUGAGGAGGAGGAGGAGCUCGUCUUUACUAAGCCUCCUGAUUUCUUCCAGGCCUUGGCUGGCCCUCUUAGCACUGCUCCUGGACCAAAUAUAUUUCUGCCGAACCAGACCAGGAUGGAGAGCGGCCCCGAGGUCACCGGCCAGUCGUCUUCUCUGCUGCCCAUAUCUGGCUUCCCCAUGCAGGAGUACAACCAGAACAGCAUCUUCAGUCAGGCCUACGGCAAAAACCUGCCGCCCAGCUCUAAGCCCGACGCUCCCAUGAUGCACCAGGAGCCGUCGCUCUACUCGCUGUUCGAAGGGACUCCGUGGUCGCCGUCGCUCCCUGCCAGCUCAGACCACUCCACCCCGGCCAGCCAAUCCCCUCACUCCUCCAACCCCAGCAGCCUGCCAUCCUCCCCGCCAACGCACAACCACGGCGCCAUGCCCUUCUCCAACUUCGGCCCCAUCGGUACUCCGGACAGCCGGGACCGCCGGGUGAUGGACCGCUGGAAGGCUGACAAAACCGGAGCAGUCAGCGGCUUCGGUCUGGACUACCUGCCGGCUGCAGCCUCCUCUGCAGCUUCAGACACCAGCUGGCACCAGACCGGAUCGACCGGCAGCUCCUGGACCAAUCAGGAGUCUCCGAUGGAGGAGUCGUCCUCCACUGUGCUGCUCGACAGCCUCAAGUCGAUCUGGUCGAGCUCCAUGAUGCAGCCGGGCCCGUCGGCUCUGGAGCAGCUCCUCCUGCAGCAGAAGCAGAAGCAGCAGCGAGGUCACGGCACCAUGAACCCGCCUCACUGAACGUGCAGCCCGAGGCGGCGCUUUGUGUCCGGACGUCAACAAACCACCACCAGGAGAAAACGGAGGGGAAAAAAAACAGAAGUUUGACCGAAGACGAGCUCCAACUAAAAUGGGAUAUUAAACCGGCGAGAAACGGUGGAGGCUGGGGAGGCGACACGACCCCCCGACGAGGCUGAAUCACCACCCCCACCCCCCUCGGCUGUCGAGGAGCGGUGACGCACCUCCUGGAUCGGAGGGCGCGGCGGGAUCUCUUCAACCGCGGUGCCACGCGCUACGCUGCCGCCGGGUUUCCUUCAACCCGCGGAAAUCUGAACAUUGAGGAACACACCCCCCUCUCACCACCACUGAACCCCCCUGGUUUUGGACAGACGCCACAUCUCCACAACUCCUCUCUCAUCUGGAAGAACUUUCUUUGGAACAUAAAAAAAAAAAGAAAAGAAAUUUAGAAAAAAAUAAACCAACAACCUCCUGGACGUCUGCUGGGUUCUGACGGGGCGCCGGUUUUUAGCGUCUCCGCUGCCGCAGACUGAAGCGGGGCCGAGAGCGAGGACGGUGUGGCGGUCGUGUUCAGGGGGGAGGUCAGGUGAAGCACCGGGGGUCAAAAUAACAGACUGGACUUUCUGAUGUCUCCAUUCAUUUUCAUUACUGUGGAGGAAGAGGAGGAGGAAAGCUCUCUGUAGCUGAGUGGUUGAAAGAAGUGAAGGAGGAAGGUUUGGGUUACAGCUAUAUAAAUAUAUACAUACAUAUAUAUUGCCAUAGUUGGACUUUAAUCGGGCCUAUCUCUUAGCCGAGUUGUGAGAACCGGGAGUGGACGCUGCUUUGUGACGCCGGGCUGACAUCUCGCUCACUCGUCGUCCGACCUUUUAUUUCGAAGGAAGAGCCUCGAGACCCCGACGAUGGCAUGGCUUCAUGAUGCCGGCGAAUGUCACGGGAAAGCAGUGCAAAAAGGAAGGUUGGGAAGAGGGCUAAGAACAAAAAAAAACACCCUGUCGAUCUUAGGGAUAGUAUUACUGUUAGCUUCAAGAGAUUGCAAAUAUUAAAAAAACGAAACUGUAUUUUGUGAUUUGUUCGUAGCAGUUUUAGCUUCACGCCCUCUGAGGUGAAUACAGGUAUGUCUAUUAGCUUCCUGCUUGAAUAUUUUCGGGGUUCUCUUCCUCUCUUCUUCCUGUUAUUUCUUUAAUUAAUGAAGAAAAAAAAACUAAAGGCGUGCCCCUGCUUGCUUACUUAACCUGCAUAGACUGUUUCUUUUUGUCCAUGUUCUGCCUUUUUACUAGUUUUAAGCAGCUCCGUCGGCUCCUCUGUGCCUGCUCCCUGUCCCGUUACCGCUGACUGUUGUACAGGAGGGCAUGAGGCCAGACAGACAGACAGACAGGUAGGCUUUUACAGGUAGUUGGCUCAGCCUGAAUGUUUUCCAUUUCCUAUUCUUCAGUAAGCACUACUGCAGCUCAACCCUGUACAGCAGAUUUUUUUCUGAAUGGUUAGCCCUGCAGCUUUGACUUUAUUUAUCCUCCAGCUGAAGCCCCAUUUUCAGCCUAAAAGUCAAAACGAAGACGAGCUCAGAACCCCUUUUUGUGCGUUUUUCCUCACCUCGAAAAAAAAAAAAGCAACACAAAAUAUUUGUACGUCUUUGAUUUUAAAACUUACCUGUUAGAGGAUCCCAGACCAAAAUGACAGUUGCCCUUUUCGAUUGUUGCAGAUUGUUUCCACAUCAAUUAGCCCUCUGAACUCCGAGCAGUUUCUGGACGUUUUAUUUGCUCCUGUCUCAUUUUCACUGCAAUCUAAAGUCCUGCACCUCUGUGGAAGCAGAGCAACCAUGACUAGAAGCAAACAGAACUCAGACGUGUCGUGUGUGUCUGUAUGACACAGUUAGAAUGCUAUUAAUCACACAAAAAGAAAAAGUAGAGUUCCUUUGUUUAUUUUACAAAAGCUGUCAAAACCUGGAACCAACGCGUCCAACUUUCCUUGGAGUUUCUAAGUGCCCGCAGUGGCUCCUGGGAAAAUGAUGAUUCUUUGCAUCGUAGAUAUUUUACUUUUUCCAUUUUUGAUUUGUUUCCACACUUACCUCUCCAGUCCGUUCCAACACGGCCUGCAGUGCAUCUGAAAACUACUCUUUUUUUUUUUUUUUCACGUCACGCUGAGUAGCUAAAGGCUUCACUGUUGCUCUGCAGAGGAUAGAACCAAGUGCAGACACUUUUUUGGUGAGUUAUUAAAUGAGACGCAAAAUGAAGGGAUUUUGAAACGAUUUUAAGAUUCAAUUUGGUUCAGUUUUGCAACCUGAAAGGUCAGUUUGGCUUUUUUUUUGUUUUGUUUUUGUUGUUGUUUUUUUGGUUUUCAAAUCCUGCUAAAUGGGUUUUUUGAAUUCAGAGGGUUAAUUUGCUUUAAAAAUGUACAUUUUUUUUCAUUUAGUUAAUUUUUCAUUUUCAAUUUGAAAAUUUGAUAUUAAUCAAUUUCCAAGUUUCAGCUUAGUUUCCUGUCAAUAGAGAAAUCAAUUGAUCAUCUAAUGGGUCCAGCUCUGUGUUCUUUUUUGUAACUUACAACAGUACAGCCCUUCAGCUAAACUAUCCUUGUGGUUAUUGAUUAGUCUGCAGAUUAAUUUCUUUAAACUGUGUUUGCUUAUUUUGUCUGACCAAUUCUUUAAAAUCCAAAGAUGGUCUGUGUACUUUCACAUAAAUCAAAGAGGGAAAUAGUUCCAAAGGAGAAGCAGGAAUUGAUGAAAUGUUGACUUUUUUACAGAGAGCUCAUCUGAUUUUUUUUUUUUUUUUUUUAAUUUAAUUUUUUUCUGUUUUAGUAUUUAACUGCAACAUUUGACCCUUAUGGUCCGUCAUGAAGUCAUAUUUUUAGGUCAAAGAACGGAGAGUAAAUUUAUUAAGUUCUUGAGGAUGUAGCUGUAAUGGAAGCGGGCUGUCAGAGCCGCGUUGAGUUGGGGAUUGGAGCUUUUAUUUCUGCAGUUUUCGCCCAGCAGAGCAUUUACACGCCGUCAGUCACUUUAGAGCCAAUCAGAGAAGCAGCUGACCAAUCAGGACCCUCUGAGGCUCUGACCCCUCCCUUUAGGUUUCAGACUGCAGCACUGUAAGUAACUUAGUGUCCAGUUUAAACCAGCAGAAAGCUGUUUUCUACCUUAAAAAGUAACAGAUGCGCUCAUUGUUCAUUUCUGUGGGAGGAAAAAAUAUAAGCCUGUUUUUUUAAUUUUUAUUUUCCCGACGGGCGUUUUAUUAAAAGCAGACUUCAGAGAGACGUGUCUAUUUUCCAUGUGAUUGUGCUUUUCAUGUUGCAUUUACAAAAUGUAUUUGAAAAACAAUAAAGACAAAAUCUUCUUGAAUGUGAGGAUGAAUUUGGCCAGAAGCAUCGAGCAGCGAGAUCCUGUUCACGUUCGAAGCUCACCACGUGGAUCUGAGCCGGGCUGGUUCUGCUGGUUUUUGUUGCAGAGUAAGAACUAAACGGACUCGGAUCAGUCGAUGACUUUCCACUCUGAGAUGUUUCAGGGCCGCUGGAGCUCUGACGGCAGAUUUGUGGUCGUAUCAGUUCAGAUCUGAGCUUAGACUUUGAGGCUUUUUGUGUUUCUGUCUCUCUGUAGACUUUGAGAACUGGUGGAAUCAGUCUUUAAAUAAACUAUGUUCUCCCUUGA